AUGUGUGUGACCAUCAUCCAAAAAGAGACGGACCUGAGUACUGCCGAAUAUCUUGGCCACAACGAGGGUGCUCACUGGGUGGGUGACAAGAAUGACAUCAAGGGGAACACAGGGCCAGAUAAAUUCUUCUGCGGGGGGCCAACUGUGAACUUCAAUGGUAUUGACAUCCCGCCCCUGGUCGUCCACUCUUCUAGUGGUGGCAUUACACCUGAGAUUUUAACCUUGGUCGAGGACAGGCUUGAUGAACUCAAUGUCUUCCCCAGAGGCAACGGAAAACCCGACCCAGUGAUUCUAGUUGACGCCCAUGGAUCGAGACUUUCCGCUAAGUUCCUCAACUACGUAUUUAAUAAGGCUCACCGGUGGAUUGUUUUAUUUGGACUUCCGAAUGGAACUGGAUUUUGGCAAGUCGGUGAUUCAAAUGCUCAAAAUGGAAAUAUGAAGGCACACCUUGUCAAGGCCAAAAGGGAAGUUCUCCAAAUGCGGAUGGCAAAAGGUCAACGUGCUGCAAUCUCAAGGAAAGAUGUCGUCCCACUUGUCACCAGCGGUUGGGACAAAUCAUUUGGUCAUAUUGAGAACAACAAGAGAGCCUGCGCCAAAACUCAAUCGAGGAUGCCUUGUGCACCCAGAGAUCCUCCGGACGAAGGUUGA